AUGGCGUCAUCUAGAGCGUUCUCCCUCUACUCCUCCAUCCCCUCAGCCGACGCCGCCCCGUCAUGUAGAGUCCACCCGGUCUCGGACGAUCCGCCGUCUGCGAGCAAGCAGAAACGUCUCGACUCAUGUUGCGGUUCAUCGCAAACCCUCCCGGAUGAUCCGCCGUCCGCCAGCAAGCAGAAGCACCCGCCGCGCCGCAGGAGCAUCUUGCGCCGGCUAGGCGCCGCCGUGGAUCACGGGAUUAACUACGUCUUUAGCGGGCUCGCGCGGGUGGUUGCUUUGCAUCCGAUUGCUGUGCUGGCGUUGACGAUCGGUGUGGGCGUGCUAAUGGCGUGCGGGGUGUUCAAGAUGACCGUUGAGACCAACCUGGAGGAGCUCUACACGCCGCAGGGCAACGUCGCCUUCCAGAACCGGGACUACGUGGAUUCGCUGUACGGCUACGAGGCGCUGGACGUGAAGGUAUUCGUGGUGUCCAAGGGCAACUCCAACCGCACGCUGCUCACCAAACCCGCGCUGCUCGCCCUGCUCGACGUUUACGAGCUAAUAACGAGCGUGAACGCGACGUACAACGGGUCGACGUUUAACUACGCGGAUCCGCGCAUCUGCUACCGGCCGGGCGGGCAGAACACGCCGUGCCAGGUGGUGAGCGUGCUGGACUACUGGGGCUACUCGCGCACGGCCAUUCAGCGCGAUAAGGACAUCAUGAAGACCAUCAACAACCCCUUCGUGCUCACGCGGUACGGGCAGCCAGUGCCGCAGGACUGGGUGGUGGGCGUGCAGACGAAGAGCGCGGAGUCGGGCGAGAUUGCGGAGGCCAAGGCGUUUCUGCUGACGCUGUUCGUGCAGAACAACAAGGGGUGCUCCGGUAGCAGCUGCAAGGACUACCUCGUCGAGGAGUGGCAGAAGGCCAUUGACGCGCCCGUCCGCGCGUAUUCGAGCGACGAGAUCGACGUGUAUCUGCUCUCCUACUGGGGCCAGCAAGCGGCGAGCGACAGCGCGCUGACCGCGGACGUGAACCUCUACUUCGUCAGCGCGUUCCUCCUGCUCGCGUACAGCGUGCUCAUCCUCUUCCGCCGCCACCCCGUGCACUCGCACUGCUACCUCGCGCUCGUCAACAUCGCGUCCGUGACGCUCGCCGUGCUGGGCUCGUACGGGCUCUGCAGCCUGUUUGGGUUGAAGUUUAGCUUGGUUACACAGUCGCUCGCGCUGCUGCUACUGGGGCUGGGUACGGAUGACAUGCUUGUGACCAUGGCGGCGCACGACGAGACGGCGCGCGACUUCCCGAACGCGUCCGUGGUGGACCGGAUCGUCGCGACGGUGUCGCGCGCGCGGCGCGGCGUGAUCGUCGCGGCGCUCACCAACUUCGUCGCGUUCUGCACAGGCAUAAUCUCGGAGCUGCCCGCGCUGCGCGAUUUCAUGAUCUACGCCGCCGUCGGCGUCGUCCUAGUCUUCGUCUUCCAAUCCACGCUCUACGUCGCGGCGCUCACGCUCGACCUGCGCCGGCAGCGCGCCAAUCGCAUCGACACGCUCUGCUGCCUCGUCAGCUCCGCCGGCCCCACCGACGGCUGCUGCGGCCGGCCGUACGAUCGGAACAAACCCGGGGUUGAUCAGACGGUCAUCGGCCACUGGCUUCCCGCGCUGAUCCUCCAUCCAAUCGGAAAGAUCUUCGUGGUUUUAGGGACGCUAGGGUUACUCGCGACUGGGAUCUACGGCGCGUGGAACGUGACGCAGAACUUCAACAUCGACUGGAUGGUCCCGGAAGGGACGUACGUGCGUGACGUGUACCGAAUCCGAUCUCAGACGUUCCCGCUCGCGUCGGGUCAGGGCGCGUUACCUGUGUACGUCUACACGACGAACCCGACGGCGACUUUCACGGCGGUUACCAACACUUCGUCGGGGUCGUCGCGACCCCAGGCGUGGGUCGCGCCGUCGUCCGCGGCGCCGAUGGACUAUUUUAAGAUGCAGGACGAGUUAGCGGCGCUGGGCGUGCGGCUGCAGGCCGACCCGUACGUGUCGUUCUCGCCGCCCGUGCAGUCGUGGUUCGCCAACUACCUCAUCUGGCUCUCCGCUUCGCCGCACGCGCCGCUGCUCGACGCCAACGGCCGCCCCCCCACGCCCGAGCUCUUCUACGAGUGGCUGCACGAGUUCCUGGGGUCCGUGGGGCGCCGCUUCCGCCUGGACCUGGUGUUCGACGCCAACAACAGCUCGGUGAUCCUCUCGUCGCGCUUCUUCGCCAUGACGCGCGGGCUCAACAGCAGCGCGCAGCAGGUGGACGCCAUGAACUCGAUCCGCGCGACUGCCUCUGCCGCCGCGCCCACGCUCUCCGCCUUCGCGUAUACCUUCCCGUUCAUUUUCGUUGAAGGCUACGCCGUGAUUCAGCCCGACACAGUCCUCGCAAUCGCCAUUGCCGGCGCGGUGGUGUUUGGAAUCAUGCUGCUGCUGCUCGCGGAUCUGACGUGCAGCGUGCUGGUGGCGGUGAUGGUGGCGGCGAUAGGGGUGGAGCUGGUGGGGUGCUUGUACUGGUUCGGCCUGGCGUUUAAUUCGGUGACGUCCAUCACGCUGCUGCUCGCCAUUGGGAUUGCCGUGGAUUACUCGGCCUUCACCGCCUUCUCCUUCCUCUCCCAGGUGGGCACGCGGCAGGAGAGGGCGAGGAGGGCGCUGAACCACCUGGGAGUGGCGGUGUUCAACGGGGGCUUCUUCAUGUUCCUCUCCAUCCUCCCGCUCGCCCUCGCCAAGUCGUUCGUCUUCCAAACCUUCUUCAAGAUGUUUUCUAUGAUUGUGGUGCUUGGUCUAUGGCACGGCCUGUGCACUCUACCAGUGCUGCUCUCACUCUUCGGCCCGCCUCCAUUUGAAACUUCUGUAGAGGCGCACCAACUGCAGCUACCCGCAGCAACGUCUUCGGCCCGAGUGGCUGAUGCUGUCAUGCCAGAUGAACUGCCAGGUGUUUCUUCAGAUACUACCGCUGCAGAGGCAGAGACAUCUACGGAAAUCGCUGCAGACACAGAGACGCUUGCAGGGGCCCCUGGAGAGUCGGCAGCGGGAAUCACGGGCGCGCACCAGCCCCCGCGUUCAUCCACUUCGUACACACCUUUUCCUACUCCCGCUUCGCCCACCGCAUCAUCAAUACACGCCUCCUCGAUUGUGGUCGUUUCCCCUCCCGCCGCGUCUCUCACCGCGUCCUCCGUGCCCGCCUCGUCAGCCUUCUCCUCCAAUCCCCACUCAGCAGCACCAUCCGCCUCCUCGAACUCGCUUUCCGCAUGGUCGCCAUGGCGCCUCGUCACCUUCUUCACCUCUUUGCGCUCCCUAUCCCUUCCGUACGACGUCCGUACCUCCGAUCGCCUGCUCGCGCCGCUCCCUCUCCCGCCCGAAACGAAGCAAAACAUUUUCGCGCUGCGGCACCCGGUCAGCGGCGCGGUCGUCUACGUCGUCCCCACGACCUUCCUCUCGCGGCAGUCCGAGCAGGACACGUGGCAGGUGAUCUCGGCGGUACGGCCUGACGUGGUGGUAGCCCAGGUGUCGCUAUAUGACCGGCUGCUGCUGAUGGAAGGGGAGUUAGGGCGAUUGCCAGUCAGAGACGAGCGGAGGGGAGGGGGAGAAAGGGGAGAGAUACUGCGCAUAUGCGACAAAGGAGGAGCGGGGGAGGGAGACGGCUGGGGAGAAGGGGGUUCAGACGGGGAAGGGGAAGAGGGAGCAAGGGUUAGAGGCGAAGGAGGUGGGGAAGGAAGGAGUGAAACGAGCCGAGACGAAGGGGGACAGACGGGCAGAAAGAGAAUCAGACAAGCAGCAGCAGGAGAAGCAGUACGAGCAUCAGCAGACGCAGGAGCUACAACAGCAGCGACAGCUGGGUUAGAGCAGCAGCAGCAGCAGCAGCAGCAGCAGCAGCAGCAGCAGCAGCAGCAGCAGCAGCAGCAGCAGCAGCAGCAGCAGCAGCAGCAGCAGCAGGAGCAGCAUCAACGGCAAGUGCAGCAGCAGGUGCAGCAGGCGGGAAAAGGCCAGGUACCAGAGACACCAGCAGGCGUGGUGGCGUGUGCGGCGCUCCAGCACGUGGACAGCGCGAGCAUGCGGCGGUGGGGAGUGCAACACGUGAUAGAGACGAUCUUUGGCGCGCAUGUGGCGGGCCCCCUUGCUGCUGCGCGCUGCCUCUCCGCCGCCCAUGGGUCUAAGCUUCUGUACCUGGUGGAUCCUGGGCUGGGGGGAGGCGGAGAAGGCGCGGGCGGAGUGGGAACAGGGGGAGGGGGAAGGGGAGGGGGAGGGGAUGGGAGUGAGGGGGGCGCAUGGGAGGGAGUGGGGAGGAAGGGGUCAGGGAAGCGGGUUGGGGUGGGGUGGGGGGGAGGUGGAGGCGGCAGGAUGGGAGUGCAGGCACAGCUUUUGCCAGGUGGGGCAGGUGUGGUAGGUACCGAAGGGGGGGGUGAAGGGCAGAAUGAGAGGGGUGCGCAUGCAGCGGAAUGUGGCACUCAGGAUUGUGCGUGGCUAGGGAGUGAGGCGGAGAGGAAGGGUUUGGGUGACGGGAAAGGGAGGAGUGUGCAGGUUGUAGCAGUGGAUGGAAUAGCUGUUGGCAGUGUCUCCCCUAGAAAGAUGCCCAUUAGUGAUGGUUCCCGGGCAAGGGGAAGUAGUAAGAAGGAGCGUGCACGUGCACGUGCGUUCGACCUCUGCCUUUCCAGUCCCCGAUCUGCUGUGGCUUCAGAGUUGACUCAAAAGGCAGGAAGAGGGAGUGGUAGCAAGGAGCGUGCGAGUGUGAGUGCAAAUGCGAGUGCACGUGCACGUGCACGUGCGUUUGAUCUCUGCCUUUCCAGCUCCCGAUCUGUUGUGGCUCCGAAGCCUGAGUCAACAACUCAAAACGCAGCAAGGGGGAGCGGCAAGCAACAUGCACGAGAGCGAGCGUUUGCUCUGUGCCUCUCUAGAGCCUCGCCUUCUGCUCCUCCUCCUCCCCCCUCUCUGCCCCUGACUCUCCCUCCUCUGCCCGAUAUCGCGCAUCACUUUGCCCUGGCACAAUUCGGCCCAAAGGCUCUAGCUCUUCUCCCUCACCCCACUCUGGGUAGCUCUUUUACCACCAGGGAUGCCCCGCCAGACGUUGCUGCUACAGCCGCUGCUACAACCUCUGCUGCAUCCGAGGCCAGCGUUUCUGGUCCGCCUGAUCUUGGCCCAGCAGUAGCAGAGCACGGCGCGGAGGUUGGGAAGGAAAGGCAGGGAGAGCAGGGGGAGGGGGAAGAGGUUGCGUGGGGGGACAGAGAGGUGGCGAAUGGGGUGCUGGCAGUGCUGUCUACGUACGAACGCGCGUUUGAAGGGAUGAAAGGGAUGAGGGAGGCUGCGGCCGCUGCCAGGCUGCUGCUGGCUGCUGCUGUGGCGGACGGGAGUGGGGAAGGGGAGAGGCAAGUGCAGGAGGGAGAGGAAAAGAGUGGGAGAGAGGGCGAGGGGACGGGAGAAGGAAGGGUGCGAGAGGAGAGUAGUGGAGUCAGGCAUAAUGCGGCUGUUGGUGGUGUUGGUAGUGCUGCUGCUGCUGCUGCUGCUGCUGCUGCUGCUGCUGAUGGUGCUGCUGCUGAUUCUGCUUCUGCUGCCGAUACCCGUGCUCUUGUUCCUGUGGGCAGGGGAGGUGCAGGUGCAGCAACGUCCUCAUCACAAGCAGAUUCGUUACUGGCAGAGGCGGUGCUGCAUGUGCGGCUGUACGGGCGCCUGGCAGACGUGAUUCGUGAGGUGCAGAUAGAGGAGGCACGAUCAGCCCCUGUGGACCCAUCAGAAUCUGUCUUCACGCGGCUGCGGCUGAUGGCUGGGACGACGGGUGGAGGGGGAAGAGGGGAAGGAGGGACUUUUGAGUCGACUCAAAAGUCGAUUCGUGAGGUGCAGAUAGAGGAGGCACAAUCAGCCCCUGUGGACCCAUCAGAAUCUGUGCUCACGCGGCUGCGGCAGCUGGAUGGGACGAUGGGUGGCACGGGGCGGGUGGGAAGAGGCGGGGGAGCGGGGGGGGGAGGAGCGGAAGGAGGAAAAGGGAAAGGGGGAGGAGGUGGAGUGGGAGUGCGGGAGAGAAGGAUUGAGGAGGUUGAGGAACGAGGGGAGGGGCAUGUAUUGAGAAGAGAAGGAGAAGGAGAAGAGAGAGGCAGGGCAGAGGCAACCAUUGGUGCUGCUGCAGGUAGUGGUGGCAGCAGUGGUACGGCUUACAGUCACACUCGUGCUUCAAACGGGGGUGCUAGAACAGAGUGUGAUAGAACUGAGGGCAGCAGCGGUGAGAUGGUUAUGGCGAGUGCGGCAGCAGCAGCAGCAGCAGGGGAUGAAAGUGCCCUCCAGGGGAAUGCGCAUGAGGCUGAGGGGGCCAGGUUCAGGCGUUUCCUCAGGUGGUUUCGCGGAGACGCUGUGCAGGAGAAAGCUUCAGGUGCCGCUUCGUCUGGGAAAGAACGAGUAGUGGAAGGGGAGGAGAAGGAGCAGGAGCAGGAGCAGCAAGGGGCGAUGAGAGGGAGGGACGGGAACCGUGUACCAGGAGAUGGAAGACUGGUAGUGAAACGACAGGGAGAAGCAGCACAGGGAGUGAGAGCAACAGCUGAUCCUGAAGAAAAGGCUGCCGCUGCUACUGCUGCUGCAUUGCCAGUGUCUGGUGCGCACUCGGCACUGGUGGGGCUGCAGCAGCUGUUGGAGCUGAGCAGGGAGGAGCAGCAGGAGGUGCUGCUGGUGCAGGCUAUAGAGAGCGAAGCAGCAGCGCUGCAGCCCGGUCAGGCCAUGGUUGUCACUUUGUCCACAUCGCUCCUCCCUCUCCUGCGCCGCUCAUGGCCUGCUGCUGCUGCUGCUGGUCGUGUGAACCCUGUAGCACCAGGAGCAGUACCACCAGCAACAGCAACAGCAGCAGCUCCAGCAGCAGCAACAGCAGCAGCAGCGGCAUCCCUGGGCCUGUCUUCGAGUCUGCGAGCAUUGGCUAGAGAGUGUCUCAUACCAGCGCAUCUCUUUGAAUCCCACGCUGCUUCCGCUGCUGCUGGAAGAGGCUCUGACCACGCUUUUGCUGCGCUCUCUCCCGCAACAGCCAGUGGUGUCAGUGGCAGCGGCAGCAGCAGCGGCAGCGGCAGCGGCAGCGGCGCUGGCAGUACUGCAGGAGCGGCUCAUAAGGCGUCUGCCUCCUCACUGGCAGCAGCAGGCGCAGGAGCGGGAGCGGCUCUCAUCCUCAUCACCUUCUCCUCUCUCUCCAAAACCCUCUCCCUCUCCGCGCUGCUCAAGCUGUUCACCUUAAAAGCCGCCUCGAUAGCAGCAGGAGGAGCCAAGGGGAAGCUGUUCUCCUUCCUCAUGCACCGCCUGGUGACAGCAGCAGGGAUGAAAGCGUCUGCUGCUGCGGUCACAGGGCCGCUGGGAGCCAAGCUGGCGCUUCUAGCAGGGAAGGUGGGUCUACAGGGGAAGAUCGCAGCUGUGGGGAUUGGAAAAGCUGGGGCUAUGGCAGGCGGCUCUGCUGCUGCAAGUGCUGCAAGUGCUGCGAGUGCUGCGAGUGCUGCUGGUGCUGGAAAGGCUGCAGUGGCUGCUGCUGGUGCUGGGAAGGCGGUGGCGGCUGCUGCUGCUACCGGAGCAGGGAAGCUGGCGGGUUCGGCUGGGCUUGUGGCAGGGACUGGGAAGGUGGCUGGAGGGUCAGCGGUAGUGGCGGCAGGAGCUGGGAAAGCAGCAGCAGCUAGCGCUGGUGCUGUGGGGAAGGCAGCAGGUGCGGCAAAAGCAGUGGGUGCUUCAGCUGCUACUGUGGGCAAGGUAGCAGUGGGUGUUGGCGGGAAGGUGGCAGGUGCAGGUGCAGGUGCCGGGAAGAUAGCAGGUAGCAGCACCCACCUACUCACCUCAGCACCCACCGGAACCGCUCUCAACCCAGCAGUAGCCGGAGGAGGAGACUCAGUCAGACCAGCAGGAGGGCGAGUGGCCCUCUGGCUGCAGCAGCAGGGGCGGAACCUAAGAGAAGGGCUGGCCAGUGCUGCAACUGAAGGGACCAACGACCGAGCGUGGCUGACACUCGGCGCGACAAUCGGAACAGUGGCUCUGGUGACAGCGUAUCAGGAGGAGAUUCUGUAUGGGGUGGCAGUGCUGCCUGAGGCCCAGGGGCUGGCGCGUGUGGGGAGGGGCGUGCGGCGCGUGAGGGAGGUGGUUGAGGCAGCUCGACCGCCAGGGUACAAGCUGGAUGAGUUGGGACGGGUGGAGUCUUGA